GGUACUAUAUCAAUAAUCAGACUUGACCAAGUAAUUUUAAAUAUAACAUCGUAAAAUGGUCUGCAAAGCUUCUUUUGUCUACUCCUUGAUAGUUUUGGUUGCUGUAGCCAACGCGUAUGAUUAUACCAAUUGUCCUUCAAAUACCGGUCGCCAAAAAAAUCUUGUUUAUGAUUACCUUUUGACAGGAGUGUCUAUAAAUAUUCGUAUUCCAGGGUCAGGAUAUUUUAAUAGACCCAUAACUUGCCUUCAGCUAAUUGAUCAAAAGGCUACGACUGUUUCUCCAAAAAUAGUGGAAGGUGGAUAUCUUGAUACAUACCUUAUAGUAAAUAUAACAUCAUUAAAUGGUCAAGAACUUAAAUACUAUGCACAAAUAUAUAUUGAUUAAUUUAAAUUUUUUAUUAAAUUGAACAAUAAAUUUAAAUAAGUAUAUUGUUGUAUAAAAUACGAUCCUAUUUUAAAUAAAAAACAUAAAACUUUGUUUUAU